GGCACUACCCGGUGUGGCGCAGGAAACACGUAUGUUGGAAAAUGCGGGGUGGCCAUCACAUCAUCAGAGUCCGAGUCGUCGGAUUCUUCGUCUGAAACGUUGGAAUCGGGCUCGUAGUCAGAACCAUCGUCCGUGUAGAAAUCGGGCCCUAUCACAAUCGACGAGGGAUGGGCUAUGUUCCGAGAUGACGUCUCGGAAGCCGGCUGCUUUUCGUUAGAUGCGACUCGGCUCGACUUUAUAUUUGAGUUGGUGCCCGUCAUCCGCAACCGCCAGGAGUAGGCGUCUGGCGAGCGGUCAAUCGGUUCGAAGGGCCCCCAGCAUCUCUCUGACAUCAGGUAUUUCGUGUUGUAGAUACGGCUCCGAGCCAUGCUUCUUGCAGAAGAGGCGGCCUCGUCGUCAGAGAAGUGCAUCCCCGCAAGGAACGUUAGCUUGCUGAACGCCUUUCCCUGUACGGUGUCUUCGAAGUCGGGUCGUGAGAACUCUGAUCCGUCGGAAUUGAACAGAUUGAAGAGCCGAUAGAUGAGCGGCGCCGGCAGACCUUCCGACAGGAUCUCCUCAAUCCAGACCAGACUCUUCGAUUUGGGACUGUCAGUGAGAGUACGAAGGAUGGGGGGUAAGACGACAGAGCGACGCGGAGUGGGGUCGGACCGGACAGGAGAACUCGGCGCCGCAGUGUGUACAGUAUCGAUGAGAGCCCUGAAGUCUGCACCUGCAUUGCCGCUCCUGAGACUAUUAGCAGCACCGAUACGGGCUGUGAAUGUGGUCCAAUCGAAUGGGUUCGCUCGGGUGGAGUUGGCCGGUGUGGAUUGACCGGCGGAGUCCUUGAUUGCUUGGAGGGUGCGUGGAUCGUCAAACAGACAGAGGAACAGCUCCCGCCAUAUCUCGUUCACCAAAUUGUGCAAGAAACGGCAGCAGGACGAGGCGGCAGCAACAGAGUUGGGGUGCCCGGCGAUCACCGCUUCGACGAGGACGUGUUCUAUAAUCUCCGGCGGAAGGCUUAGGAGCGACAUUGUCUUUGUUAUUGCUCUAGGUUCCGAAUCCUGUGAGUGCGCGCGUUGGUGGUGCGGAAAGAAAGCCGAUUUCGACCAAUGCAUACUAAAUCAGCUUCGUCAGCAGACAGCCGUAAUCUGAUCGCACAGUGUAGCACCUUGCUCCUCACAUCCUCUGCGUGAUUGGAUGAGGAGAGCGUGCAUCUUCUUCAUUCUUUAGAUUUCUGAGCAGCUACUCAUGUCUUCGCUGCCUCCUGCUGCCCCAGCAUGGCGCAACUUUUCCUUCUUCGAUGCUGCACCUGUCAAGGACGCGCACGACCUGAACGCGUCGCCAGAAGUCUUCAAGAAUACUCCUGAAAUAUCCUCUGUCAUCUCUUCCAGCACCAGCGUACUCGUUGCCGACAUCUACGGCACCGUGCACACUCUCAGUCGCGAAUUCGAGACGCAGCGUGCAUGGAUUGCAUAUGAUGGUGGGAGGGUCACGCAUAUGGCCGAGCGGAAUGGGGUGCUGGUGACGGUCGGAGAAGACGGGUCCUCACGCGCACCUAUGCUUAAGAUCUGGGACCUGGAAAAGAAGACAGUAGCACCACCGCUCAUCCGCUCGACGAAAAUCCAACUGAACAAACCUCAUCCGGUUUGUACCAUUGCGCUGUCGACCACCCUGUCCCAUCUCGCAAUUGGAUUCGCCGACGGAACAGUGUAUCUCUACCGCCACCUCGAUCAGUCUGUCAGCAAUAAUACUGCUAUCCCCAAACCGCGCACCGUACACGAAUCACCGGGCGAACCUAUCACCGGACUGGGGUUUUCGAGCUCAAAGACACUAUUCGUUGUCACCACCAACCGCGUUCUUUCGUACCAGGUGUCUGGUUCAGGGAAUGGCAAGGCCACCGUCGUCGACGAUGUAGGAUGUGGUUUGGGCUGUGCUGCCAUGGACUGGAGGGGGCACGAUGUGGUCGUAGCCGAGAAGAGGCCAUCUACGUUUGCGGGGCCGAAAGUCGCGGGGCUUGCUAUGCAUACGAAGGACACAAGUCCUUCAUCAAAUCGUAUCUAAACUACUUGGUCAUCGUGUCGCCCCCGAUUACGCCCACUGCAUCUGCAGCCUUCCGCACGGUCAGGAAUUUCGCUGCACGCAACAACUCCAGCGACACUGAAGUCACGCGGGUGUCGAUAUUCGAUCCGGAAAACAAGAUCGUGGGAUACAGUGGGACAUUCACUCAAGGUGUACGAGACAUCAUCUCUAUUCCAGAAUGGGGAGGAGUGUAUGUUUUGGGGAGCGACGGAAGUUUGACGCAACUGCUUGAAAAGCCCUUUCCCGCUAAGCUCGACAUGUUGUAUCGAAGCUCGAUGUUCCCCGUCGCACUCAAUCUGGCGAAGACACAGGGCUUGGAAGACUUCAGUGAAACUGUGUCGGAUAUACACAAGCAGUACGGCGACCAUCUUUAUAACAAGGGCAACUGGGAUGGAGCUAUGGGCCAAUACACCAAGACUAUUGGAUGGGUCGCGCCGAGCUAUAUCAUCCGCAAGUUCCUCGACGCGCAGCGCAUACAUAAUCUGGUCACCUACUUGCGCGAGCUCCAUUCUCUGGGCCGGGCCAAUUCAGAUCAUACGACACUUUUGUUGAACGCCUACACCAAGUUAAAGGAUAAGGACAGUCUGGACAGCUUUAUCCGGACAGAGUCCCGCCGAGUCUCUUCUGCCACUGGCGAGAAGGACGAGCUGCCGUUCGAUCUGGACACUGCGAUUCGUGUUUGCAGACAGGCGGGCUAUUUUUCCAACGCAGCAUACCUGGCGAAGAAGUACGAACGUCACGAGGAUUAUCUGCGGAUACAGAUCGAAGACGAGCAGAACUAUUCGGAAGCACUGGAGUAUCUGAGAGCGCUGGGCGGAGAUGCAGCUGAAAGCAAUCUUGCUCGUUACGGGAGAGCUAUGCUGGAGAAGUUGCCGGAACGGACGACAGAUCUGUUGAUUGAUCUUUGCACAACGUCCGGAACGCCGAUCCAGGUCGAAAAUGAAGAGGAGAUACCCAACACUGCUUCGUCGACCAAGGCCAUCUUCUCUGGUGGUCCAGGCGGACCAUCAUAUCUCUCGUACCUCGCGCUGAGCAAUCGGAAUUCCGUGAUACUGGACAUGCCUCCUCCUCCACCGUCUCCGUCGAUCAAGACCGUCAAACCAAGUGACCCACCGUCGCGUCGGGACUCGGUGCACGAGUCGCCGUCCGAUACACCUCCUCAAACACCGCCUGUCAACACCGCUGCUUCAUCGCAGAGGCAGUUGACACUGAAGACACUACCGAAACUGCUCUCACCUCGGCUAUACUUUGCCCACUUUGUGGAUCACAUGGAGCAGUUCGUCGUCUUCCUCGAGACCGUGGCCCGGCGACGGUGGGACCAGAGUGUGGAUGGCAUCGACGAUCUCGCGGUUACACCGGCAUCUGAGGACGACUCUACUCGCGACGACCGACCUGACCAGAUCGCCGUAUGGAACACUCUUCUCGAAUUGUAUCUGGCGUCCCCAUCUUUACGGGAGAAGGCGCUCAAGGUGCUCAAGAGCAAAACACUACCGUACGACCCAACCCACGCCCUGAUUCUCUGCUCAAGUCAGGGCUACACUGACGGGCUGGUUCUGCUGUGGGAGCGCAUGGGUAUGUUCGAGGAUGUCCUGCGGUUCUGGAUGGACUCGGAGCAGGACGGCGCAUCCGACCAUGUUGUCCGGCUCGUUGCAGAAUACGGGAAAGACCGACCGCAGCUAUAUCUGGUCGUGCUGCGAUACCUCACGUCUUCGGCAGCGUUGCUCGCCAGACACGAGAAGGACGUCCAGAGCAUUCUGGGCCAUAUCGAGCAAGAGAAUAUCGCUACACCUCUCGGCAUUAUCCAAGUGCUGUCGCGAAACGAUGUUGCCAGCGUCGGCCUGGUCAAGGACUGGCUCAUGCUUCGGAUCCAGAUAGCUCGCCAGGAGAUCCAAUCCGACAAAGAGUGGACGACCUCCUACCGUCACGAGACGGAGGCCAAGCUGAAGCAGGUCUCAGAGCUGACAGACCCAGAGCAUCCUCGAGUAUUCAACGUCACACGAUGCUCUGCUUGUGGCGGCCAGCUGGAUCUCCCAACGGUGCAUUUCAUGUGCAACCACAGCUUCCACCAACCUCGAUGUCUCCAGGAAAGCGAGACCGAGUGCCCGCUAUGUGUCCGAGAACACGGUGUCAUCCAGCAGAUCCGGAGAAACAACGAGCGACUCGCCGACCAACACGAUUUCUUCGUCUCUCAAGUCAAGGAGGGUGGCUUUUCAGCGUUGGCAGAGGCGUUCAGUCGCGGCACACUAAACAUGUCACGAUUGGAGGAGGUAGCAGCUUGAUGGGAUAGUAUAUACCAGCGAAUUGGAUUCCAACAGUGACAACAGCUAGCGAUCAGACAGUCAACUACUCAAUCCCGUCCUCGCUCAGAACAUUGACAUCCAUGGCCUCGCCGUCACUCUCCUCCGAUAUCGGCUGUGUUUCUUCGAGUCCAAACCAUUCAGGUAGGAGUUUCCACACACGCUCCCUCGCUCGGUUCGCCGCCUUGGCAAAAUCCACUUUGCACGGAUGGCAGAUUUUGAGUCCACACUGCCGAUGUCCGUCCGAAAAGUCCGUUCGCGAGAGCAUGUCAACGGCUUGCACCAGCGUAAAAAGCGGAUCCGCAUCCCGCCCACAUGCGAUUCCGCCGACCGAGCGUAGCACAUUGAGCAUGAUGAAGUAGAACGACUCGCGGCACCACCGGCUCGCCGCAGAAUCCUCCGAGUGCGCGCAAUCUCUCGCAGGCGCGCGUCCCUGCAGCUCUUCGACAACGAAAUCAGACAGAAACUUUUGAGCCUGUUCCCGUCCACGGUAAACAGCGACCAGCAGUGCCGGAGAGAGCGUCGUAAGGCGCGGCUUGUCGGUUUCUUGAGCGGGAUCUUGCCUGGAGGUUGCGCCGAAAGAGUGUUUCUUGACAGGCGCGGUGCCACUAAGAAUCUUGCUGGGUCCAUAGCGAGCGAGAUCGUACAUCGCGGCGGGAAGAAGGGUGCGCAGAUCGAGAUCGAUCGCGAAUUCUAUGGUAAGCACAGGAUGUGGGCAAGCAGCACGCGGAGAGUAGUGGCCCUGAGCAUCAGUCGCGCUGGCUUCGCGUUGGUCCCAGCCAGCGAGCGUCGAUGGCCAGUCAAGAUCCAAGCGAGAGAUGCAGCGCUGGCGCAGGGAUUCGACGAUGUAUUUGGUUGAAAGGCGGAGAGUAGCAGCGACAGCGGGAAAGUCAUUUGCACCGGGCGACUUGAAAUACCUAUAUGCGUCAGUGUUGGCGGCGCCAAGCCAGAGACGUAGGCGAGCACAUACAAACCGUCAUAUAUCGCCUUGAGGAAAUAAAGCAUGUCCGAGGGACAGUCGUAUACCUCUAUCCAAGGACAGCCAUCGUACAGGUCCUGGUCUUGUGGCUGGGGGAUACUGAACAAGUCGUCGAAGACAACGGAAUGCCGGCGCAGCUGCCCGCGAUGAACCUUGAAUGCUACUGAACAGGCGAUUAUGAUGACGUUGCCGUCACAGAACCAGAGGUCUGAACGAAUGAGAUUGCCGAACUGCUUAGAUUGCGUCGCUUGAUUGAGCGUCGGGAUGCGGACGGGGGUUACAGAGACGCCCAUAUGGAUGAUAGAUAGCUUUUGCUGUGCGUGUGUAUGUAUCGUGAAGAUUCGUAAGGUAAGGACCGUCGGUAAAGAGCGUCGGGGCGUAGAGUUGUGCAGAUGGGAGAGGGGAAGCAAAGGAGGAGAGUGGCUGUGCUUGCUGUGCGCGCCACUUUAGAGCAGCCCCCGCUCGAAGACCACACAUCGUCAAACAUGUAAUGACUUCUCCGCUUCUCGCUCCUACAUCGUCCACGCUUUCUGCAGACCGCAAAACGCGCUCUGUGCCGCGUAAUCCCGUGUCACUGCGGCUGUACAAGGUCCUCGGAACCAACUUCAAUGACGAAUCCACGCAAGAGGCACUCCAGACGCUAUCCGAACUAUAUGCCGGGCCGGUAGAGGGCACCGCGAAGGGCAAAGAACCCCUACACACCCUCAAUAUCGACGGCGCACUGCAAAACGAGACUAGCCCUGGCGAUGCGUCAUGGUCGGAAGUAGUACCAGGAGAAUCGGCAGCCCAGGCGCGCAAACAUCUACGACGCGACAUGGAGAUGAAGCUGGCUGAAGGCAGUCGCGAGUUUCUGAAGGCGUUCGAGGAAGUGGAUCGGAAACUAGAAGAAUUGCAAACGCAUGUGGCUGCUAUGCACGCAGACUGCGAUGAAGCCGAAAAGCAAUUGGCCAUGACCACCCAGUCGAGUGCUCAAGUCCUUGAACGCGCAGGGAACUUGAGCGAGGAAAGGUGCGCAGGCAGAGAGAACGCAAGACGUCGAGAGCAAGAAAUCCAUCGUGUCCUCUUCCUUGACCGAUUCACUCUGAACGACAAAGAAAUCGAGGCGAUAACGUCCCGCGAUGUAGAGGUUGGCAAGCAAUUCUUCCAUGCCAUGGACAAAACGGAGCGCGUACGAACCGAUUGCCGGGUCCUUAUGGCUGGUGAAGACGGGCCCACUCAGGCUGGGAGAGAUAUCAUGGCCUCUACUUCUUCCUACCUUGAACAAGGGUACGAAAAGUUGCUGAGAUGGUGUUCGUACGAAUUCCGUCAAUUGGGAAAAGAUAUGCAAGUCGAGGUUGGGACUACGAUGCGAGAGGCGGUGCGCAGAUUGCGUAGACGACCCGAGCUUCUCAAUGAAGCUCUGGCGAUCCUGUCGCAGAUCCGCCAGGCCACGCUGAUGUCCGCCUUUCUCACUGCCCUCACAAGAGGCGGCCCGUCAGGACUUCCCCGCCCAAUUGAACUGCACGCGCAUGACCCGAUGCGUUAUGUCGGUGACAUGCUGGCUUGGGUCCACCAAGCCAUUGCGGCCGAGAGAGAAUUUUUGGAGAGCCUUUUCGGCGUGCAAGGCGAUGGCCGGAUGGUGGGGAGCGUUCGGACAUUCGCAAAGAAGAGCGAGGAAGAGGACUGGAUCCGUGAUCUGAUGGACUCUGCGGUGGAGAAGCUAUGCGUUCCUCUGAAGGUCAGGAUACAACAAACGAUCCGAUCGCAGGAGAGCAGCAUCAUCUCAUACAAGAUUGCGAACUUGUUGCAAUUCUAUAUGAUGACGAUGCGUCGGACCAUUGGCGAAACGGCGGUGUUGUCUACGACCCUCGAUGAGAUCACACAGCUUGCAUAUAAAGUGUUCUACGAUGCCAUCGAAGCACAAGGACGAAAUCUGGUCCGCGCAACACUGGACCUGGAUGACCCUUCGCUGUCUGCCCCUCUCGUCAUACUGGACCACGCCCAGAUCCUUCGCGAGAUCAUGAACGUGUAUGAAUCGUCGCUGUUGGGCGACGAAGACGAAGCCGAGCGGGCGGCAGGUUUCCGGCGAAUACUCGACGUGACUGUGGAUCCGGCGAUUGAAUUUUCCACGACUGUCGGCGAAGAGAAGAAGCGUAUGCGCCCAAGAUGGGACAGAGACGUCUAUGUGCUGAAUUGCUUGACGUACCUGCUGAGCGUUCUGGAACCGUUUUCCUUUACCUCAGAGAAACAAGUCGCGCUGCAGAAAGUGAUCGACCAGCAUGUGUCACUGUUGUCAGAGGAACAUUACAAGAACGUGAUGAGCGACGCUGGAAUUUACCAUGUGGCGGAGACUUGUGCUGCCCACGACGGGACUGAACCAUUAUCGCGAGUGCCAGCGACGCUACCUUCACAGAUCCAGACCGCCCUGCGCGCCUUCUCCUUAUGGUUGUCUGGCCCAGAAGUUGUGCAAUCCCCUCGACUGUCCCAACUCACCGCCCAGCGUGUGCAUAUCCAGAUCCACCAGGCUGUGCUCCAGCGCAUGGCCCGCGCCUAUCUCUUGAUUAGUCAGCAGGUUAGAAAACCGGAAAACAAAUACGAGGCAGCAGCCACUCUCUUGGGCAGCGAGCGUCCGUUUGGACAAGUUAACCUGCUGCUGCAGAUAUUUGGACUGGAGGGCGACAGUUUGGACGGAUAG